GAGCUUGACCUCGGUUUGUUUUUGGGACUGCAGGCGAGAGUGACAAAUCUGAUGAGCUGAAACACAGUAAAAAGCGGGAGGAUUUGGGGCAGCAGGAGAGGAAACCCCCUUCCUCCGUCGCCUCCCUGCCCCAGGCAUGUUGGCACUGCCCCGCUGAGACGUGCAGAGUUUGGGGUUAACUCGCACCUGGCCGCCCUGGAAUAGAGACGCUCCGGACCGGAUCGGUUGGGGUUUGUGGUCUAUGUCUUGUUGGGAAAUCCGGCGGAUUUUUUUCUCGCUCGUGGAGGAAGAGCCCCGUCCUGGCGGUUGGCUUCGUGGUCUUUUUUGGAGGGCGAAGGAAGGGAAGGGAUCUUGCUUGAGCCGUACACAGAGAGAGCUCGGACAUGUGUUGUCAGCACAUCUGGGGAAUACAGUCUGCAAGUCCAGGAGGAAAAUUGCUGGGAUCGUUCAAACUGCGAUAUUGAUCUUUGUUAUUUUUUUUCGCCGAGGGAUGCACUUGGCAUGAGAAUCAGAGGAUGGAAAUUGUUUGGGAGGUGCUUUUUCUUCUGCAAGCGAAUUUCAUUGUCUGCAUUUCAGCUCAACAAAAUUCACCAAAAAUCCAUGAGGGCUGGUGGGCAUAUAAGGAGGUGGUCCAGGGAAGCUUCGUUCCAGUUCCCUCCUUCUGGGGUUUGGUGAACUCAGCUUGGAAUCUUUGCUCAGUUGGGAAAAGGCAGUCACCCGUCAAUAUCGAAACCAGCCAUAUGAUUUUUGAUCCAUUCUUAACUCCGCUUCGCAUCAACACAGGGGGAAGAAAGGUCAGCGGGACAAUGUAUAAUACAGGGAGACACGUUUCUCUACGAUUAGACAAAGAGCAUUUGGUCAACAUCUCGGGAGGGCCGAUGACAUACAGCCACCGCUUGGAGGAAAUCCGGUUACACUUCGGAAGUGAGGACAGCCAGGGAUCAGAGCACCUUCUCAAUGGACAGGCGUUCUCUGGGGAGGUUCAACUGAUCCACUACAACCACGAGUUGUACACAAAUGUCACAGAGGCUGCAAAGAGUCCUAAUGGGUUGGUGGUAGUUUCCAUAUUUAUGAAAGUAUCUGAAUCAUCAAAUCCAUUUCUAAAUCGUAUGCUUAACAGAGACACUAUAACAAGAAUAACGUAUAAAAAUGAUGCAUACUUACUACAGGGGCUUAACAUUGAGGAGCUUUACCCAGAGACCUCUAGUUUCAUUACAUACGAUGGGUCAAUGACAAUUCCACCCUGCUAUGAAACAGCAAGCUGGAUAAUAAUGAACAAACCCGUCUACAUAACAAGAAUGCAGAUGCAUUCCUUACGACUGCUAAGCCAGAAUCAGCCAUCACAGAUUUUUCUGAGCAUGAGCGACAAUUUCAGACCAGUCCAGCCUCUCAACAAUCGAUGUAUCCGAACUAAUAUCAACUUUAGUUUACAGGGAAAAGAUUGUCCAAACAAUAGAGCACAGAAACUACAGUAUAGAGUAAAUGAAUGGCUCCUCAAGUAAGACAGAGCAGGCAGAACCCAUAACCUCAGUGGAAUGCUACUACUGUGAUUGACAUAAUCUAGAAUGCACCCAAACUCACUCUCUCUGUGGGUUCGUGACAGCAUGUGCAAGCAUGCUGUAGGAAUAAAGCUGCCAUGUUGGAAACUCAACUUAAAAUUCAUUCAUAUGAUCGGUGGUAAUUAAAAAAAAUAAAAAGACAGUAUUACAGUAAAUGUGAUUACAAUUUUGAUACAGUUUUCCUGAACUAAUUUAGCAUCACAAAAAAAAAAAAAAAAGAAAGAAAAAAGACUUUUCAGCCUUUGUACAUAUGAAAUUCUUCCCCUCUUCCCCCCUUUCCCUCAAACUAAAAGAAAAAAAGAGAAAAAAGGUGGCUUGGUGCAGCAUCAAAGUGGAGUUGUGUUCUGUGUGCCAAGUAAUCCUUGGAAAGCUCUCAUUAUUUCACUAUCAUUAAUGGAUACUGACAAGACAGAACAAGACGACUGUAGAGCAAACUUAUUUCUAGAUUAUGAUCCUUCUGUUCAUUUAAUUAAAAAAGGGACAGACAGAGAUAAGUAUUGUAAAUAGAUCACUGCAGAAUACAAAGGAAAUUUAAAUAUUUCCCUCUGUCACAUAUCUGUAGUAGGAUUUGCCAAAAUCAGAAUUGAUCCAUUUUCUGUUUCUUGUUUUACAACAGGUCAUACGUUGUGUUGGUUACUAAUAACAACUCAAUAAAUGUGUUUAACAAAUUAAUUUAAUAAACUUGCUUUGGUUUACUUUUUUCCUUUCUGAAAUAACAAGCCUCUAAGUAUUUGUGGCUGCAUUGUUUGUGUUUUUGUUGACUUUCUCUUUUUAUUUUUUAAUUUCAUUUACUUGUUUGCAGCCAAUCUAAGUCAGUUAACGGCAAUUGCGAAUGCAGUUAAAUCCAGUAUAACUUUAACUCUGCUUUACAGUCAAUCAUUAAGAGAAGGCUGGGUCCAGAAACAGAUCGCAGUUGAAACAUCUCAGUUUCAAAUUGUCAUUUCCCCUGUUCAAUUCAUUACGGUGACAAACAAAUUUAACCCUGUAAAUUGGUGGUGGAAGCAGAUAUUUUUCUUUACGGAUAAAGCAGGAGCUGACCAAGUAAAAGGGAAUGCCUUUUUUCUUGUUUAUAAUGGUCAUUCACUGUGUUUGGUUACUGUCAAGAACUAAAUAAAUGUGUUUAACAAGUUCACAUACUGCA